AUGCUCAAAUGCAUAAACUAUCAUAAACGGACAUUCCAUACCACUUAUUUCCAACUAGCAAAGGGAAAUGUGUCUUGGAAUAUGGCAUUGGAUCCCGCUAUACCCAAAGACAGAUCGGUAAAAGCAUUUAAAACAUCAUUGCAGCAUACGAUAGCAAACAAUGCAUGGCCAUCUGACUCCUCACGAGAGAGAAGAGUACUUUUGGAGUUAAUAGCUAAGUUUUCGAUUCCUCAUGAUACACUAAAGAAGCAAAUAAAAAGGCUACAGCUAUUAAUUUUGCAGAAGCGUAUAAGUGACGAUGACAUACACAACGCAAUUACUAAGGUUAAUUCCAAUCAAAUCAUUAAUGUAGUGACACCAAAACCGAUCAAUUUGCAGAAGGAAUUGAAGAACCUUGAGAAAACGGCAACCUUUCACGAACCACGCCAGCGGCCAAAACUACAGAGGCCAUUACAUCCAACGCCAUCACAGCACGAAGUAGGGGUCAAAUCUUCAAAUAACAAUGUGGCUCACCCUAAAAAGGACACUGAAACUGAAACAAUUACGGACAAAGACAUUGAAGCUUUGAAGAAAUUCCUUGAGAGAGCAGAAACUCAAGAGAAACAAAUUAAGAAGUUCGUUCUUGAACAACAGAGAAAAUAUAAAUGGUCUUCCAACCAAGGGCCAGCUUCACGUAUAUCAUCAGGAUCGUUGCUAUUUCAGGAACAUUUACCUUCUGUUCGAUUGAGGAAGAAUUCUUCAGUUGGCUCAUACCUUUCGAAAUGUGAAAGAUAUAUACACCCGUUUGCGCCGACCGAAGUUAGAGAAAUACUUCUCUAUGAUGUUACUAAAUCGAAAGAAAAGAUCGAACCACCAGAAUCCACUAUUCUUGUGCAUGUACAAAAGAAGGACCUUUUCGCAGUUGUAAAUGGCGGUAGAAUAGCACCUGAUCAGUUGUUGGCCGUAAUAAAUCAAUACGAGAACGGAGGGUGGAAGUUGAUAGGCGAUGUGAACAGAGAUACUUACAAGAUUGUCUUCCAGAAGAAUUACAUGAGACCAGCACUCAUAGAGACCAAAGGAAAAAUAGCUAUCACUUUAUUUGGUAUUACCCUAGGAUACAUAGCCGUUGUCCAACCACUAAUCGACUAUAUUAAUUAUUUCAAUCGAUAA